GCACCGGUUUGUUUAUCGUUCGUUCUAAAUAAAUUUGUAAAAAGGUACGCAAAAAAAUAACCAUGGAUGAUCAAGUGUGUCCGCGAUGCAAAACUACCAAGUAUCGGAAUCCGUCCCUUAAGUUGAUGGUAAAUGUCUGCGGUCAUACGCUGUGCGAAAGCUGUGUGGAAUUGCUGUUCUUGAAAGGAUCCGGAUCCUGCCCCGAAUGUAAUGUGGCGCUGCGAAGGAGCAAUUUCCGCGUGCAGCUGUUCGAGGAUUCCAACGUCGACAAGGAGGUACAAAUUCGCAAGCGGAUACUUAAGGACUACAACAAGAAAGAGGAUGAUUUUGCUUCCCUCGACGAGUACAAUGACUAUUUGGAGAUGAUUGAAGAGCUCGUGUUCAAUCUUUGCAACAACAUCGAUAUUAUCAACACGAACAAGCGAAUUGAACAGUAUAAGCGUGAUAAUCGAGAAAUAACUAUGAAGAACAAAUCAAAAUUGAGCAAAGAUGAGCUGGAACUAGAGCAGCUGGUAGAAUACGAGAAGGAACAGUUCGAUCAGCGCCGGAAGGAGCUGGCGUUGAUUGAGGCGGAAAAUAGGAAGCAAAAAACGAAAAACAAAGAAGAGCUGAUCGAUUCGCUAAUGGCUAGCUACGAGGACGCCAGUGCCAUCGUCGACAAGUUUACCCAAAAAGCAGAGCAGGCACAGAUUCAACUUCCAAAACCGGUCGCACCACCUCCGGCACCGAAGCAUACACAUUUCUCGUCGGGCAUAGCGACUGGAUUUGCGGGCCAACACGGGUUUCUGGCGGUGCCGAAGCUAGAAGAAGGACCACUUUACGCAUAUGAACCUCAGGAAUUCUCGACCGAUGGACCGACCCCACCAACGCUGGGCGAAGUUAUCACCAAUGGCUACAUUCGACACAUAAGGACUGAAACUACGGCAGAGAAGGCGGGAGGAUUCAAAACAGAUUUAUCUUGCUUGCGAGCGAUUCAGGAAGCACUUGCAGGAUUGUACCAUGGUUAGCUAGUGUUCAUGUAAGGAAUUUAAACUAAUAAAAUAAGUUUUUUUCUAAAAAGUGUACAAAAUAUGAAGAUACUACACA